CAGCGGCAGCUGCGGCACUGCCAGGCCCGGCAGCUCCGAGAGCACGGAGAGCGCGAGGUCCGCGAAGUCCAGCGCAGCCAUGGAGCCCCGCGCGGACUCAUUCCAUGAUGUCCCUGUCGGUGCGGCCGCAGCGUCGCCUGCUCAGCGCCCGGGUCAAUAGGAGCCAGUCCUUCGCAGGCGUCCUCAGCAGCCACGAGCAGCGGGGGCCCAGGAGCUUCCCGGUCUUCAGCCCGCCCGGGCCCCCACGAAAGCUCCCAGCGCUCUCCCGAGUGUCCAGGAUGUUUUCUGUGGCCCACCCGGCCCCCAAGGUCCCACAGCCUGAGCGGUUGGACCUAGUGUACGCUGCGCUUAAGCGAGGCCUGACGGCCUACUUGGAAGCGCACCAGCAGGAGCAGGAGAAACUCCAGGGGCAGAUAAAGGAGUCCAAGAGAAAUUCCCGCCUGGGCUUCCUGUAUGACUUGGACAAGCAAGUCAAGUCCAUCGAACGCUUCCUGCGACGACUGGAGUUCCACGCCAGCAAGAUUGAUGAGCUGUAUGAGGCAUACUGUGUCCAGCGGCGUCUCCGGGAUGGUGCCUACAACAUGGUCCGUGCCUACAGCACUGGGUCCCCAGGGAGCCGAGAGGCACGGGACAGCCUGGCUGAGGCCACUAGAGGGCAUCGAGAGUACACGGAGAGCAUGUGUCUCCUGGAGAGUGAUCUGGAGGCUCAGUUGGGCGAGUUCCAUCUCCGGAUGAAAGGGCUGGCUGGCUUUGCCAGGUUGUGUGUGGGUGAUCAGUACGAGAUUUGCAUGAAAUACGGGCGUCAGCGCUGGAAACUUCGGGGCCGCAUUGAGAGUAGUGGAAAGCAGGUGUGGGACAGUGAAGAAGCCAUCUUUCUUCCUCUGCUCACGGAAUUCCUGUCCAUCAAGGUGACAGAACUGAAGGGCCUGGCCAACCAUGUGGUUGUGGGCAGCGUCUCCUGUGAGACCAAGGACCUGUUUGCCGCCCUGCCCCAGGUUGUGGCCGUGGAUAUCAAUGACCUCGGCACCAUCAAGCUCAGCCUAGAAGUCACAUGGAGCCCCUUCGAUAAGGAUGACCAGCCCUCCGCUGCUUCUACAGUCAACAAGGCCUCCACAGUCACCAAGCGCUUCUCCACCUAUAGCCAGAGCCCACCAGACACUCCCUCGCUUCGGGAGCAGGCCUUCUAUAACAUGCUACGGCGGCAGGAGGAGCUGGAGAAUGGGACAGCAUGGUCCCUGUCAUCCGAAUCUUCAGACGACUCAUCCAGCCCACAGCUCUCAGGCACUGCCCGCCACUCAUCAGCACCCAGGCCCCUGAUGCAGCAGCCUGAGCUUCUGCCCAUUCAAGUUGCCUUCCGUAGGCCUGAGACCCUCAGCUCUCAACCCAUGAAUGAGGAGGGGGCCAUGGCUCCAGCCCUGGCCAAUGGGCACGCCCCCUACAGCCGAACUCUGAGCCACAUCAGUGAGGCCAGUGUGGAUGCUGCCUUGGCUGAGGCUUCAGUGGAGGCUGUGGGCCCAGAAAGCCUAGCCCAAGGAUCUAGCCCACCUACACACACAGAUCCCACUCACAGGGAGCACCCUGGUCCUGUUCCUCCUGCCCUAGACUCUGGCCAUUCUGUCACAAGCCCCACCCUCAGUACAACAGGCCCCCCCCCAGCAUCUGCAUACCUAGACUCAGUUUAUAAAGCUACAGACUCUGGCCCUUCUGAACUGCCAAGUUCUGCCCACACCACUACAAGCUCCACCUACAGUGCCAUAAGCCCUACCUAUAGUGCUCCAAGCCUCACUCACACUACUAUAGCCUUCACUCACAAACCUAUGGUUUCUACCCUCACCACUACAUGCCCUACCCCCAAUGUCACAGGCCCAGUCCAGGCCACCACAAGUCCCACCCACAAGCCAGUGCCCUCUAUCCUCACCACUACAGGCCCUACCCCCAAUGUCACAGGCCCAGUCCAGACUACCACAAGUCCCACCCACAAGCCAGUGCCCUCUAUCCUCACCACUACAGGCCCUAACCCCAAUGUCACAGGCCCAGUCCAGGCCACAAGUCCCACCCACAAGCCAGAGUCCUCUCCCCUCACCACUAUGUGCCCAGCCCAGACCACCACAAGCCCCACCCACACCACCCUAAGCCCUGCCCAGACCACAAGCCCCAUCCACACCACCCUAAGCCCCACCCACACCACCCUAAGCCCCACCCACACCACUACAAGCCCCACCCACAUCACUCCAAGCCCCGCUCACAAAGCCAAGAUGUUGACUAACACCUCUACAGGUCCUACCCCCAAUGCUAUGGGCUCUGUCCAGACUACCAAAAGCCCCACCCACCCUGUCACAACCUCCACCCUUAUAACUGUAAGCCCUUGCACUUCUCUAGACUCUGCUAUGCUUCUCAGCCCCUCUGCACAUGCAGACUCCACCUUCCCAAGCACCAACCUCUUGCCCUGUAGCCACCCAGCUUCCACUCCCUGCACUCAUGCAGACCCCACAGCCCCCAGCACUCCCUGCCUGAGUCCUGCCUGUUCCAGUUGGAAACCUCUCACAAACCCUGCCCCAGAUCCCCCAGAGUCCAUCCUUCAGAGCCCAAGCUCCCCUCCCUUACCCCUAACCCCUGGGCCCCAGCAUUCAGACCUUAGCCUGGCCAUGGCUACCCAGGUCCCAGUCCCAGGGGCAGCUGGAGGGGCUGGGGACAGAAGACUGGAGGAGGCACUGGGGACCCUAAUGUCUGCCUUGGAUGACUAUCGUGGCCAGUUCCCUGAGCUGCAGGGCUUGGAGCAGGAGGUGACUCGGCUGGAGAGUCUGCUCAUGCAGAGACAAGGCCUGACUCGCAGCCGGGCCUCCAGUCUUAGCAUCACUGUUGAGCAUGCCCUGGAGAGCUUCAGCUUCCUCAACGAAGAUGAAGAUGACGACGGUGUCUGUCCCGGCAACUGGCCCACAAGCAGCUCGGAGGCUGGGGCUGAGGACAGCCUAGACUCACCCAGUGCCUGCCCCCUCAGCACGGGUUGUCCAGCCCUGGACGCUGCCUUGGUCCAGCACCUGUACCACUGCAGUCGCCUCCUGCUGAAACUGGGCACAUUCGGGCCCUUGCGCUGCCAGGAGGCAUGGGCCCUGGAGCGGCUGCUGCGGGAAGCCCGAGUGCUUGAGGCAGUAUGUGAGCUCAGCAAGCUAUGGGAGGUUCCUGCCACCUCUGCUCAUGAAGUGGUGCAGUUCUCAGCCUCACGGCCCGGCUUCCUGACCUUCUGGGACCAGUGCACAGAGGGACUCAGCCCCUUCAUCUGCCCUGUGGAGCGGGUACUCCUCACCUUCUGCAACCAGUACAGUUCCCGUCUCUCCCUUCGCCAGCCAGGCUUAGCUGAGGCUGUGUGUGUGAAGUUCCUGGAAGAUGCCCUGGGACAGAAGCUGCCCAGGAGGCCCCAGCCAGGCCCUGGAGAGCAGCUCACAGUCUUCCAGUUCUGGAGUUAUGUUGAAACCUUGGACAGCCCCUCCAUGGAGGCCUAUGUGACUGAGACCGCCGAGGAGGUGUUACUGGUGCGGAAUCUAAACUCAGAUGACCAGGCUGUUGUGCUGAAGGCCCUGAGGUUGGCACCUGAGGGGCGGCUACGAAGGGACGGACUUCAGGCCCUCAGCUCCCUGCUCGUCCAUGGCAACAACAAGGUCAUGGCUGCUGUCAGCACUCAGCUCCGGAGCCUGUCGCUGGGCCCUGCCUUCCGGGAGAGGGCCCUCCUGUGCUUCCUGGACCAGCUCGAGGAUGAAGAUGUGCAGACUCGAAUGGCUGGCUGCCUGGCCCUGGGCUGCAUCAAGGCUUCUGAGGGCAUUGAGCCCCUGGUGUACCUGUGCCAAACGGAUACAGAAGCUGUGAGGGAAGCUGCCCGGCAGAGCCUGCAACAGUGUGGAGAAGAAGGACAGUCUGCCCAUCGACGGCUGGAAGAGUCACUGGAUGCUCUGCCCCGCAUCUUUGGGCCCGGCAGCAUGGCCAGCACAGCAUUCUAAACUCUCCACCCACUGGCUCCCAGUGCCCCUUCCCACCACUUUCAGGAUUGAUUAGGCACUGGCAGGGAGGGUAAGGGCUGGCUCCAGACACCCCUCCCCAACAGAUUCCUAUCAAUGAAAAUCUAAUAUAUUCUUCUGUUGCCCCUGGAGUUGGUAGAGUCAGUGCCUGCAGUCAGGUGCCUCCCAGCCUUGGCUCAGCACACCCCUUGCCACAAAUCAGUGUCUGGGGCCUGGAUACCAUGCCUCUGCCCCACCACCCUUGGUUUUCUAUUUUAUUUACAGAGUUUUACAGAAAAUAAAAAAGCAAAAUGCCUUUCCUACA